AUGAAAGCGCAAAUUUAUAUGACUAAAACUAAAGCAUAUCAAGUUUUAGAGAAUAUAAACCCACUUGAAUCUUUAGUUGAUCGAACGAAUGAUCUACUUUAUCGUUUAUGGGCUAGCAAACAUAUUACUCAAAAGCAAUAUAAAAUGUUAAGUGUAGAUAAGGAUGAGGCUGAAUUAGCCCAUCUCUAUUUCUUACCUAAAGCACAUAAACCAAAUACACCAUUACGACCAAUAAUGGCUGGUCUUAAAUCUCCAACCAUGAAGAUUUCUAAAUGGUUAGAUGGUUUAUUAAGACCCUUAUUUGAUCGUUUAGCAGUUGACUCAACUAUUAUGAAUGGUGUUCAAUUAAUAAAACAAGUAGAAAGAUGGUCGGCUAGAUAUCUUACAUCAGCCACAUCAUUUAUAAUAAUGGAUGUUACCGAUCUGUAUACAAUGAUACCAGAAGAAGGAGGUGUAACAGCCAUUAAACGUUUGAUGGAAACAUCUAAUUUAAAACAAAUCGAUGGUGUUAAAAGAGAAAUUAUUCUAGCUCUAGCCAGAUUUGUAAUGACUAAUAAUUAUUUCUAUUUUGAUGGGUCAUAUUAUAAACAAAUAAGAGGUGGAGCAAUGGAAUCACCACUUAUCCUAACAAUAGCAAAUACAUACAUGUACUUUGUUGAACGUCCAAUAUUCAAAUGGGCUCAAAGAACAUGUUCAAUAUACUACAGGUAUAUUGACGAUCUAUUCAUUAUGUCAAAUGUACAUGCAGAUACGUUAAAAGGUCUUUUAAAAUUCUGGAAUAGGCUCGAUAGCAAUAUUGAACUUUCUGAAUGUGUAGGAUUAACUGCAGAGUACCUUGAUGUGAACCUUGAGAAUAGAGGAGGGAUAUUGAUGACUGAAGUGUUCCAUAAACCUUCACAUGAACCAUAUUUUCUUCCUUUCACAAGCGUACAUGCACAGCAUAUAAAGAAGAAUAUUCCUUGUGUAGCUUACACUAGAGCAAUACGAUAUUCUUCAAGUUUCGAAGCGUUUAAACGUGAAGAAAUACAUAUAUGUAUGUCGCUAUUAUUAAAUGGAUAUCCUUUAUCUUUUAUUCUUAAACAAUUUGAAAGAGUCUUACAGACAUUUCAAUGUGCAGUACCUACUAGAAAGAAUUACUUAAAUAUCAGGAAAAUCUUUUUAGAAACUGUAGAUAAUAAUAAUAAUAAUAUUACGAAAAAGGCUGCAAUUGAUUUUGAAGUACAUAUAUUAUGUCAUUUUUCUUUUACAAAAGGAAUGCAUAAUUUUUCAACAAGAUUUCAGGAACUUUGGAAUACUUGUUUCUUAGAUACAGCCAUUGGUAAUAUGAAACCUGUUGUAGGUUCUAAAAGAUUGCAUAAUCUUCAAGAUUAUCUAGUCAAAAAGAAACCAAACAAAUCUUUAAUUGGAAUUGAUAAAUAA